UUGCCCCUUCAGUCAAAGAGAGCUCCAUUUUUCUUUUUGGUAUUUCCCUCAAAGCAACACUUCCAUUAUUUGAGCUCAAAUUUUUCAUUGAAAUUUCAGAUCUUGAUUGCAUCUGAAAUACCCAUUUGGUAAAAAAAUUCUUGCAUAACGUCUGACAGUUUGGUACUUCAAAUGACUCCUCAAUUCAUUCCUAUAAUCUUGUUUCCCUUCUUCCUGGUGUGCACUCUCUCUCUACUUAACAGAUGUUCAGCGGACUCUUAUACAGAAAGGACAUUGGCUAUAAUAAAGCCAGAUGGUGUUUCUGGAAACCACACAAAUUCCGUAAAGGAAACAAUUCUCAAUCAUGGAUUCAGAAUCACAGAGGAAUCGUUCAUUCAGCUUGACAAGGAUCGUGUAAAAAGCUUUUAUGCUGAGCACUCUUCAAGGAGCUUCUUUCCAUGCCUUGUUGAAUACAUGACCAGUGGUCCAGUGUUGAUAAUGGUUCUGGAGAAAGAGAAUGCCGUAGCUGAUUGGCGUGCAUUAAUUGGUCCAACAGACCCACUCAAGGCAAAGGUUACUCAUCCUCACAGUGUCAGAGCCAUAUGUGGGCUGAAUUUACAGAAGAAUUGUGUUCAUGGUUCUGACUCACCUCUGUCUGCUAUCCGGGAAAUAUCUUUCUUCUUUAAAACAACAUCAUCAGGUUAUGCAUCUAAACAUGAUGAAUUAUAAGUUGUUGAAGAAGGAUCGGAUCGUCUGCCAUUCAGAUUCCUCUAUGAAUAGUUUGUUGCUGUUUACCUAACUAGAGUUGUCCUCUGAGAUGCUAUAUCCUGCAAAGACCAAAGCUUAGCAGAUUGGCUAUUGGGGUGUUACAGUAGAUGGAGCCUAUAUUUUAUAGGUUUAGUUGUCAGUAUUUUCGACAUGUAACAUAGAUAUGUAUGAGAAAACACUAAACUAGAAACGAAUAUUAUAAUUUGAAGGCAUAUUUUGCAUAAGUACAAUGAGUUCAGUAUUUUUGACAUGUAACAUAGAUAUACGUGUCAAAUUACAUAUUUCAACUCAUGUGUUACACAGACGGAACAAGGUUUGAGUGUCCAUGGACCAUUUCUGUAUAUAGCAGAUUUUGACUUAAACGUCAAUUUUCUUUCAACUUUUAGCUUUGACUUGGGCAAUUGCAUGG